AAUAUGUACACAGUAGGGAUUUUAAAAACAACAAUACAAAAUUGUCGGAAAUUUAUUUAAAUUGAACUGAUCUAUAUGCAAGACUUGAUGGAUGAUAAAAGACAUUUGUUUUUAUAUUAAAUAACAAUAUAAUAAUCAAUAAAAGCAAAGUUGGUCAAUGUAAAAUGACAUCGUCGGAAGUAACAUCAUGUUACAUAAAAAAAUUAAAUCACCCUCUGAAGGAGAUAAGAGAGCGAGCUUUACAAGUUUUAAUAGCUAAAAUGAGAUUAGGAUGGGAAUUUGAGGACGAAUUAUCUGGUACGAGAGAAUUGUUGGAAGCGCUUUUGGUAUGGUUUCAGUCUAACAAACCCUCCCUACAGAAAGAAGCGUUAGAGUUAUUACUUCUCACUAUCAAAACAAAAGCUGGAACGUAUAUUGCUAAAGAGCUUGGAAUUAAGAAUCUUAUAUCAAAUCUGAAUAAUAUAAAAAGUAAAAUAGAUUCUAGAGCAAUGGAAAUAUUUGAAGAUAUCUUAGAGACAUUAAGAUUUCUGAAUACUAUUGAUUCAGAAGUAAAUUGCAUACCUUCUCUCAGGUUAAUCUCUAAAAGCUCUGAAAGCAAUUAUCAAGGCAGUGAUUACUAUAAUGGAGGUUUAACUAAAGAAUCAUCUGCAGAGACUUCCAUAUCAGAUCUUGAUAAAGAAUUUCAUCCAAAAAAUGAUGUUUCUAACUUAAAUGGUAUAAAUCUGCUACUUUUUCCUUGGAUUGAACUUAAUCCAUCGGAUUUGAAAACAAUGUUGCUAAUUGAAGAUUCUCUUAAAGUUUUGAAGUCAACCAGAAGAUGCUGCAGAUUUAUAAGAAAUGUUUUCUUAUGUGAUUUUCCACCUGAAAUAUUUUUGAACAGACCAGCUAUUGUAAAGGCCUUAUUGGGUAUAGCUGAUGGGACAAUCAGUGGUAACUCUGGGGAAGCUUUAAAAGUAUUAUUGUGUAUAACAGAGAGUCUGCAUAUGAGAUAUUUAAAAUUAUUUUCAUUGGAUUUGGUAUCCAAGCCCCAUAAGGUUCCACAGGACCACAGAGAGUCUGAUGACAAUGUAAACAUUGAAUUGGCCCAAUUUUCUAAUGGUAAUUUUGAUAUUCAUCAAAACAACACUUUGGUCGCGUUAAGACAACUACCAGCACCUAUAUUUGCAUUGGAGACUCUAAACACUGUUUUGUCAAUGAUGGCCAGAAGCAGUCUCUAUGGUGACAAUGAAAAAGAUGUUCUAUUUAUGAGAGAGCUCAACAUAUGUAUUUCUUUAAUAGAAAGUCUUAUUGAAUUAUUGUUAGAUUGUGUCAACAAUCACUUCUGGUCAAUGGAACACUCUUCUAAAACUCAUAGAGAUAUUGCUCAUAAGGCUUCUGGAGUGAUGCGGAUGUUGGGUGACCUGUUAUCACAAUAUAGAAAGUGUUUUUUGGAAAACACAAAUCUUAUACACUAUAGAUCUACAUAUCUUCGUUUAGUGCCUUGUGGUGAAAUGUUAUUGAGUUGGUCGAAAAAAUCCGCCCUACCACCCUCUUCAUUGACAGCAGCCAUGCAAGUUGCACAAAUUGACCCCGCCAUUGAGUUGUUGUAUGAGGGCCUUAGCAAAAGAAUAGAAUGUGUUCUACUUGCUAUCAAAUCGCCAGUGGAUCAGGAAUUUAAAAAUAAACUAAGAGAGCUUAAUAAAUUAUUCUUGAGUAUGGAUAAUGCGGUUAAAUUUAUUAGAAUGUCAAAGUACAGCCAACCACCCAAGGAGAUCUUCGCAUGUUUAAAAAACGCCUUAUCUGUUUUACAUUUAAAUAUGAAUGAAAAUUUUCUGAACGAUGCUGCCGUAAUUCUUUUGAAGAAGUCUAAAGAUAUGGAUUUAGUUGACAGUGAUUGGGAUUUGUUGAGAAAUAUUUUACUGUCACUAAUAGCUCAUGGUCUACCGUGGGUCCAAGUAUACUUCUAUAAAAUGCUGUCUAAGAUGGUAAAAUCUAUAUUGUUGGAUGAAAAUGUCAAUGAGGGAGAAUACGAGAAAGCUCUGACGUUGGUAUGUGAUGUUGGCAUUCUGACAGAAAUAUGUUGUCAUGGCUUAUCUUCAACUAAUAAAGAGGUGGAGACUUGUGCUACAGAAAUAAUAUUAUAUCUCUUGAGAGGGAGGAUGGUUUUAAGCGACAGCUGUUGGUGGCGUCUUCUUGCAAGCUUGAUGCCGGUGUUGCCUUUAUUACAAGUGUAUGCUGCUCACGAUACAGAAUUAGGUUUAGCAAUCUGUAAGUCGUUAGAAGAGGAAAUAGUGUCCAUGAUGGGCGUGUCCAAGCCUGAGAGGUGUGCGGGGCUGGUGCGACUUGUGUUUAGUCGCUGCCCUUCCGUCACUAUGGACGCUGCUCAUCAAUUGUGUCAGCUAAUGAGUGCAGACGACGACAAAUAUUUGCCACCUCGAGAGACACUGCGUCCAGAUAUUCUCCUCAAUGCUUUAAGACGAAUUGAACCCCAAGAUUUUAACAUCGAUCAAACCAGCUCCCCCUCGAAAACUACACAGACAUCGGGCCUUAUUCAAAUACUGGAUGUUCUAAAACAAGAUCUUAUUCUGGAUACAGACUACGUCCCUCGGAUUCCCUCGGGUCAGCCCAUAUUGGAGCCCUCUUUACGCAGAAGUACCUUACAGCAGCUGGCUCUCUUGAUGAGGCAGCAGAGUUUACAUGAAACUUUUAUAGAAUUCGAUGGCCUUAAAUUAAUUGUGUCUUUACUUAGGUUGUCGCUGAUGGUUGAUGAUUACCUCUUGUUCCCCGAGUGCGCCAUCAGCUGUGUAUCGGUACUGAACAGCGUGUGUUUCAUGAGCAGACACGCCCUGACCAAGAUGGCGGAUCUACCACUACUGCUGUUACGAGUAAUCCUGGUGUUUCCAGCCAACGAGAACUGUGUUUUGAUGUCAGCGCAGGUACUAGCGCUCGUUGUCUGGGCGGGUUUCGCUCUCCAAGAACUAGAUGCGAAUAGAAAUAGAAUACCAUCACUUCCAUACAACGUGACCGAGAGAACCAAUCUGCCGUUCACUGUGACUAACUAUUGGAAGACCAGCCCGAAUACUGAUCAUUCGUCCGUUGAAUGGCUCCUGAGUGAUGAAUCGUUUCGGAGUGCUGUCAGUGUUAGGUGGUGGUGGGUUUGUGGCGGUAACAAGUUGAAGACGGCUUCGUUUGCCCCCCUCCCCUCCAUCUCCACCCCCUCCCCAAGCUCCCGAGAUCUUGCAGCCCUCACAUCCGCCAGUUUACAAAAUAUCUUGUCUAAGUUACUCCUUCAGCUGGAAAAUGCUACCAGCCACGACCAAGUCCACGAGGUUUUGGUUCUAUUGGAGAGCUACAUAAACCUGGUACCUCUGGCUGGUGUUAUCAAGCUGGGUGACCUGCCGUGGCUUCGCACGCGGCGUUUCCUAAGCGCGCCGCCCGCCUCGUCCGGGGAUGUAGCUUUAUUGAUGGAGUUACUGCAAUUUGUUAUCACCUAUAUGGACAAUGUCCCUGACGGAGAUGGUGCCAAGUCAUGGAUUAAGUCUUCAUUUAUUGGGGAUGACGCGGUCAUCAUAUCAUUGCUGAGUAAAGACCGUCUCUACCCUCAGCAGAGCACACAGGAAGAUAUAGAAGUGACACAGUUAAGAAUCUAUAUAGUGAAAGUUUUGGUUAGAUGUGUCGUAAUGUUGGAGGGACGAGAAGAUUACAGCUGCGGCAGGAUGGAAAGUCUGUUGAAGAUUCUGUUGUCUUGCUUGGAGAGAAUUGAUCUCAAGGAUUUUCAUAUGUUAGGAUAUCUCAACGAGUUGAUGCGUUGUGUGAGGUACUUGUCGUAUUCCCGGUAUUGCAAGUUAUCUGAGGAUAGUGUCAUGAUGUGUCUGAGGGUUGUCACUGGAGUUCUGGGAGGUUGUGCUUCGGGGGGAGGGCGGAAGGGUCAGGCUUGCAGGUUGGACGCCCUUCUCACAUUAAUGGCCCUAUCGACACAGAUACGUGAUAAAUCUAUACCUGUGCAGAGAUGGUGCGAGUACUACAAUAGCGGAGUGAUAACGGCGCUGGUGAAGUGCGUGUCAGCUGAUCGUGUAGAGGUGCGAGCGAGCGCGCUACAUCUGCUGGCAUCCCUGUCGCACCACACUCAGCUGGUGCCGCAGCUAUUGCAGGGUAUUCCAAAUCAGUCAUUGGCUGAUUUGGCGAUCGAGGUGUUCAAUGUCGAGGGUGAGGCGAACCUAGUCCGAGCGGCCGCAGCUGCAGUAUUGACGGCUGUCAGUGCUAGAACAUCGAGUCACUCACAGGUUACAGACAUCGAGGUACUCCAAGCCAUCAACCAAGGAGACUUCAUAGAAGACUGUCUCAAUAUAUUCGUAGAGUUCUCCAACAAUAAGCAUUACGAAUACAAUAUAGAACCGAAUAUCCCACUAUCCGUCCUAGACCGUGGUUCAGAACUAGAAGUACGUGCACAGAAGAGCGAGUUCAAUUUGUCUCCAACAUUAGCGUACACACGGCCACCGCCGACAGCCAACCUGGUGGCGGCAGUCGCUGACGUCAUCAAUAAUAUCACAUUAUACAAGAGAGCCCCUGUGCAGCUUUGGAAUGAAAAGGGAUUGUACAGAGUUUUGUUUAGGUGUAUAUCUCAGCCUAACGUCUCACAGCGCUCCUUCGUACACACGGCCGUCUGUCGAGCGCUCGCUGCGUCCUCUACACAUAAAUGCGUGAGGGUCGCGCUCGCCAAUACAAAAGACUGUGUGUAUCACUUGCUACAAACACUCACUCCUAUUGAGUCAGUGUGUGAUGCGGAAGACUUAUCUGCUCGCACGCAAGCCAUGCUCUUGUUGGCGUCUUUACUGUCCGAGCAAUCGAGCUUCGAAGCUGUGUGCGAACUUAAAGACAAAUCUGCACUAUUUGUUUUAUUGUUACAAGCAUUGGAGAGCGAUAACAGUGAAUGGCAAGAAGCUGCGAUACAUUGUCUGAGUCGUCUCUCUCGUUCCAUAGUACGAGUUAAGAAGAGAGACCAAAAAAUCGUAACAUUCUUGGAUGAAUUAAAGUCACCAUAUCAAUAUGGCAGAGAUGUUCGUUGUUCUGGAGACAGUGGGUAUUGUCAGCCUGACCAUAUGGUUGAAGAGAUCUGUAAAAUCCUAGUUGAUAUGUUCAGGAAACGAAUCGAAGAUAAGAAAUAUUUACACGGUCAAGAUCCUAGUUGGGUUCUCAUAGCGUCCUGCCUCAGUUCUCUGCUAUGUUCGAGUGUUCGCGCCCGUUCCUUCGUGGUCCAUCGACAGCUUUUCCGCGAUAUAUCUGGUGUACUUCACACCAUGAGAGACCACCUCACACUGAUGGGGAAACCCAUAGAUGUUAUACGGAACGCUAACCAUGAGCCGACCUUGAACACACUGAACUGGGUUCUCAUCCUAGCGAGCAGCAUGAUGGUGGAUAAUCCCCCAGCCAAGGACCGUCUGUCGGAAGACAUAGCCACCUCCCUGACGCGGCUGUGGCCCUGGUGUAUGAUGACGGAGGAGUUACGAAACAGUGUCAUGCAAUUUCUUUUGAUAUUCACCAAUGAUUGCCCUAAAGCGUGGUCGAGUAUGGUGAGCUGUGUCGGUGGUCGCAGUGUGCUGUGUGAGGUGUGUUCGUUAGUGUGUCGCGAGGCGGCUCGUCCACGACCCACGCGCGCACUGGCUGCCGGCUUGAGGGUCUUGACGCACUGUGUGCCGCAUCAUCACUGUAGAGCUGUCAUUCUUAAGAGUGACGUGUUAUCCGUGUGGUGCAAGCUCCGCGGGAGGUGUCCGUCCUCGCUGUCGUGCUGGUGGUCGCUGUGUGCGAAUGUUUGUCGUCACCCGGACGGAGCGGCCGCGGUGUUAGGUUCGAUACAGGCGAAGCCAGCGCCAGCCGCGUUACUGCCGGCCCUCGCUAACGCUGCACAUCACUGCAGACAUGCGUUCUUGCAGUCGUCGGACCUAUUGGAGUUGUUGUCUAGCUGCCUGCUGACAGGAGACACGGCCGAGAUUGUGUCGUCAGCACGAGCGGUGUGGGCGUUGGCUGCUAACAACCAUAGGGCUAAGCUGGUACUCCGUAGUGCAGGGCUCCAAACAGCAGUACAAACUACUUUGCAGCGUUUGCAAAAAAACAAAGAUGUCGCCACUCAACGAGCUGUCGAGUUACUGACCUACACCAACACCGUACUUCAAGCUAUAUGACAUUUAAUAAAAAAAUAUUUAUAUUAUACUUAUUGUUGUUUAAUAUAUAUAUGUAUAUUUUUAUGUA